ACGACAUGGCAGCAAAAACUAUGCCUUUAUAAGGUACGUUGGUCGUGCAUUUGUUUGUGCACCAAAUAAAAACAAUAAAAAAGGAUUUGCUUCUGCGGGAGAAAGAAAAAUUACCAAAGGCAAGAGGAGGAUGGAGAUAACACAAUGGAUUCGGCUUCUAGUUCUGGUGGCCUGCCUGCAGCUUUUUCCUGCUCCGGUGAAGUGCAUGGUUAGACACUACAAGUUCAAUGUGGUGAUGAAAAACACAAGCAGAUUAUGUUCAAGUAAGCCAAUUGUUACUGUGAAUGGGAAGUUCCCUGGACCCACUCUAGUUGCCAGAGAGGAUGACACUGUGCUUGUGAAGGUGGUCAACCAUGUCAAAUACAAUGUUAGCAUCCAUUGGCAUGGGAUUAGACAAUUGAGAACUGGGUGGGCAGAUGGUCCAGCAUAUAUAACACAGUGCCCAAUCCAGCCAGGACAGAACUUUGUGUACAAUUUUACCAUUACUGGUCAAAGGGGCACCCUGUGGUGGCAUGCACAUAUCCUCUGGCUCAGAGCCACUGUCCAUGGUGCCAUCGUUAUCUUGCCCAAGCGUGGAGUUCCCUAUCCAUUUCCCACACCUCAUAAGGAAGAGAUCAUUAUUCUAGGUGAAUGGUGGAAAUCAGACGUUGAAGCUGUGAUCAAUGAAGCUAUGAAGUCUGGGUUGGCACCGAAUGUUUCAGAUGCUCACAUCAUCAAUGGCCAUCCAGGACCUGUCCCAUCUUGCCCUUCACAAGGAGGAUUUACCUUACCAGUGCAAUCUAGCAAAACUUACAUGCUUCGGAUCAUCAACGCUGCACUUAAUGAAGAGCUUUUCUUUAAGAUUGCUGGCCACCAACUCACAGUUGUUGAAGUUGAUGCUGCCUAUGUGAAACCUUUCAAAACUGACACAAUCCUUAUAGCCCCAGGCCAAACCACUAACGUUCUUUUAACCGCAGAUCGCAGCUCCGGCAAGUACCUAGUUGCAGCCUCCCCCUUCAUGGAUGCUCCCAUUGCUGUAGACAACGUAACCGCCAUUGCCACCUUACAUUAUUCAGGUACCCUUUCUAAUGCAGCCACCACCCUCACAGUCCCACCACCUCAAAAUGCCACCCCAAUAGCAACAAACUUCAGUAAUGCUCUACGUAGUCUGAACUCAAAAAAGUAUCCUGCUAAAGUCCCAUUGAAGAUUGAUCAUUCUCUUUUCUUCACUGUUGGGCUUGGAGUGAACCCUUGCUCUACUUGUGUAAAUGGUAGCCGAGUUGUGGCGGAUAUUAAUAACGUAACCUUCGUUAUGCCAAAAAUUUCUCUACUUCAAGCCCAUUUCUUCAAUAUUAGUGGAGUUUUCACUGAGGAUUUCCCUGGCAACCCACCGAUUCCAUAUAACUAUACAGGGACACAACCAACCAACUUUCAAACCAUGAAUGGGACAAAGGUUUAUAGACUUGCUUACAAGUCAACAGUGCAGCUAGUUUUACAAGAUACUGGGAUGAUUGCCCCAGAAAACCACCCAGUCCAUUUGCAUGGCUUCAAUUUCUUUCAAGUUGGGAGAGGAAUAGGUAACUUCAAUCCCAAGAAAGACCCAAAAAACUUCAAUCUUGUUGAUCCUGUGGAGAGGAACACUAUUGGGGUUCCUUCUGGUGGAUGGACAGCUAUAAGAUUCACAGCAGAUAAUCCAGGGGUGUGGUUCAUGCACUGCCAUUUGGAAGUUCAUACAACAUGGGGAUUAAAGAUGGCAUUUGUUGUUGAUAAUGGAAAAGGCCCCAACGAAUCUCUACUGCCUCCUCCUCCUGAUCUACCCAAGUGUUAGAGAAUUCAAGUGAUAAGCACACAGAUUUUCUUUUAAUUCAGGGCAGUAGCGAUGAUGGAGUUCUCAAGAAGAGAAUGAUAAUAAAGUGUGAAAAGUUACUGAGCGGUUUUAAUGCUGAAUAUAAUAAGCAAGAGUUCUUCGCACAAGCUCAAAAAACGAAGUUGUUGCAUGCACCGGCCCGAUUAUAGAAAUCAAAUAAAACCCAGGAUUUUCUGCUUCUUCUUCUUCUUCCUUGUUUUUGGCACUGCAGUUUGCUCUCCAAAUGAUAUGUAUAUUUUAGGGGAUUGAUUUGAUUUUAUAUACUGCUGAUCUUGAAAUUCCAAAGUCCCAAAUCGAAUUUCAUUAUUUGUUUGAUGGA